UGUUUCGGUGUUGUUUGUUUUUUUUUUAAAGGGAUGUAAUCAUUUGGCACAGAAGCUUGUGUUUGAGAGUGCGGAGCUAUGUGUUGUGUGGUGUUAGAUAAUGGUGAAAAUCAGGAUAGGUUUAAGUUGGUGUUAUCAAACUGAUUCUUGUUCUUAUGUUUGAAAGGCAGUAAACAUAUAGAGAAAAUACUGAAAUUUGCUUUGCAGUCGAAGUGCUCCCUGAAGUUUCUUCAUGUUGGAUAUUUUUUUUUUUUUUUUUCAUUUGAUUGUCUCUACUGUGUCCUUUAAGUGCAGUGCUGGGCUGGUGAGUAGCAUACUCUUGUGAACUUUGAAAGCGGGCGGAUUUCAGAAGAAUGGACACUUCCUGUAACCUUGAGGUGGACUUCACACAUUUUUCAAGGACCGGAAAGAACUGAAUUGAGAGUUUUUCCCUCAAUAUACUGUCAGUCUGUUUCAUUUCAACAGUUCAGUGUGCACAGUGAUGACCAAGUAAUCUCAUCGUGCUCUCACCAUUUCCAGAAGUCAACUAAAGUUGUGAUUUAUUUUUUUUUUUUUUGCUUCUAAACUGGAAACGCAAAGAUGCAGUGCGUAGCAUCUUGGGACAUGGAAGAAGUUCUUCGUAGUAUCCCAGAUUGUGGGUUCAUUACAUGCUUGGCUUUAAUAUUAGCCAUUGUUAAGGAUGAGCUGCAGCAGUGUAGCACAGUAUAUGAAGCAAAGUACAGAUAUCAGCCAUUAAUUAUGUUUCAUUUUCUUUCCACAGUUAAGUUGAUUUUACAGAAUUUAUCAGGUCUUCAAAGCAGAAACAGGUGAUUUUUGCUGUGGGUUGAGCUCAGCAUGGCUGUAGUCAUCCGUUUACAGGGGCUUCCUAUUGUUGCGGGUCCUGCAGAUAUUCGUCGUUUCUUCUUGGGAUUGAAUAUUCCUGAUGGAGGUGUGCAUAUUAUUGGAGGAGAGAUUGGGGAGGCUUUUAUUAUAUUUGCAACAGAUGAAGAUGCACGGCGUGCCAUGAGCUGUUCAGGAGGGUUUAUCAAGGACUCGCGCAUAGAGCUGUUUCUCAGCAGCAAGGCAGAGAUGCAGAAUACCAUAGAAAUGAGCCGGAAACGAUUUGACCGUGGGGGACGAGAAAAUAUGGCUGGCUCUAGAAGAACAGGUACUAACGGUUCUGGUGCUGGUGUUGGAGACAUGCCACAUUUAGUCACGCCUUUUCCCAAAGGAAUGAAUAAACCUGGCUAUGGUCCCCCAAAUCAUCCGGAGGCUGGUUUCCAUGCCAAUGGUGCAAGGCAUGGUAAUAUAGGUAUGCCUAAAUCAAACUAUCAGUCAAGAAAGGCAUGUCAUCCAUUUAACCCAGAUGAUCUUUACUUAUUUCUACGUGGUAUACCCUACUCUGCAACAGAAGAUGAAGUACGUGCUUUCCUUUCUGGGCUACAUGUGGACGGAGUGAUUAUGAUAAAGCAUCGCAAUGGUUUAAACAAUGGCGAUUGCUUGGUGAGAUUCGCUACGCCAGGUGAUGCCUUAGAAGGACUUAAACGUCACAGACAGUACAUGGGUCAGAGGUUCAUAGAAAUUAGCCCAUCUACAGAGGAACGGUGGAUUGAAUAUGGUGGGAGGGUGGAUAUGCCAGAUGAAAUCGAUGACUUUUUCUGUGAAGACCAUUCUCCAAGAAGUUCAGGCUACAUGCAUUCAAGGAAGCAUUCUCAUUCACGAUCACCAAGGAGACAAAGAACACGUUCCCGUUCAUCUCCCAACCAGGAAUAUUACAUACACUUAAGAAAUCUAUCUACUAAUGUGGAGAAAAGAGAUUUGAGAGAUUUUUUUCCUGACCUGGAUAUAUGCAGCCAACAGAUCAAGCUUCUAACAGAUAAGCAUCAGAGAAGGACUAGGGAUGCCUUUGUGAUGUUAAGGAGUGAGAGAGAUUAUCAGGCUGCUUUGGAAUGUCACAGAAGGGUUCUUCUCAAUCGUCCUGUUUACAUUUUUCCAAUUUCAAGAAAGUCAAUGUUGAAAAUAAUUGACUCUUGUGAGAGGAAAAGAUCACAGGACAGAGAUCAUCUUGGACAGGCCAUACCAGAAAAAAGUUACCGGGAAGGUCAUUCCGGCCCUAAGACAUGUAUUUAUGUAAGGAAUUUUCCAUUUGAUGUGUCAAAAAUUGAAGUACAAAAGUUCUUUGAGAGAUUUGAUAUUGAUGAAGAUGAUAUUUACUUGCUCUAUGAUGACAAAGGAGUUGGGCUGGGAGAAGCAUUAGUGAAGUUUAAAUCUGAAGAACAAGCCAUGAAAGCAGAAAACUUAAAUCGUCGGAGAUUCUUGGGAACAGAGGUAUUAAUAAGACUUAUAUCUGAAGACCAGAUGCAGAAGUUUGGUGUAAGUGUACCGUUGUCUGCACCAAAUGAAAUGCAGGGUAAUUCGCGUCCGUAUGACAGAGGUCCAGUUGGCUCACCGUCUGGGCCACCACAAGGGCCACCUAUGCAUUCAUUUGGUCCCCCUGGAAACUUCAGGCAUCCUUCUGAAUUUAGGCAUCCCCCUGAGGACUUCAUGUGCCCUCCUAAGGAUUUUAGAGGUCCGCCACCCCUCAUGGAUUUUGGUGGUGACAGUGAACCUUUUGGCAGAAUGGAGUUUGGGAAUAAUAAAAUGGGAGGUUUUCCCGAAGGAAGAUUUAUGCCAGAUCCAAAUUUUAGUGGUGGUUCUGAGCAUGUUGUUCCUAUUCGGUUGAAAAAUUUACCUUUUAAAGCUACUCCUAAUGAGAUUCUGGAUUUUUUCUAUGGCUACAGAGUGAUCCCGGAAUCAGUUUCUGUACAGUACAAUGAACAAGGAUUACCUUCGGGUGAUGCCAUUGUUGCUAUGACAAAUUAUGAGGAAGCUAUGGCUGCUAUUAAUGAACUGAAUGAUAGGCCGAUUGGUCAACGGAAAGUUAAGUUGAGCUUGCUGUAAAGCAGGAAAAGAUUCUCUAGAGUAAGACUUUCUAGAUUUGACAGUAUUGACAGUUAUUUUAACUUUUUUUUUUUAAUUACCGGAAGAUGCAGAAAAUGGUUUCUAUGAAUGGUUGUAAAUAUCUAGUUCAGUUGUUCAGCUCUUGGUUGAAAUAUUUGUAUGGUAAGAUACGAGAAAUGUAUUGUGCCUACUUGUAGCAGAGAGCCCGGAAAUUCAUGAGGACAUUGAAUGUCUUACACCAAGGUAUAAAGGCAUGGAGUUGUAAUGUUUUGGUUUUUUUUUGUUUUUAUUAUUUUUCUGUUUGUUUUUUUUUUCCCCAGUUUGCUUUAAUUCCAUGUCCCAUUACAUUGCAUCAAAUAAAAAUGUAAGUGCUGGUUCAUUGAUCAAUCAACAGUUCAAACAACUCCAGUGCUACCUGCAUUAGUAACUAACACGUCUUACUGAGGUUAGCUUUAUGGAAUUAAAAAAAAUACUUCUUUUUUAUUUCUUUUUUUUUUGGUAUAAACUGGUGAGGUUUUGUUCGGUUUCAUGUGUUUGCAGGCAUUCCUGUUAAAAAAAGACAAAAGAGCUUCCUGUUCACAUUAGCUGGCUUUGCAACUUUUUUUUUAAUAAAACCAGAAAUUGCCAUUAAAUGUGUGUCUUAUAUUUAAAAGUUGUGUAGGUAAUGAUCUUAACUAUUAUGCUCAUUACACGUGAGCCUUGGUGAGAAUGAUGCUGGCUCUCUCAUCUGGAAAGAGUGAACUCUUACAGUUUGUCAACACACCGCUGAACAGGUAGUUUGAUAACAAAACCUGUAGUAAUCAGUUGGAUAGGCUUUCUUGUCCUCUUCACUCACUGUAGUUCCUUGAGGCAGAAAAUUAAUUUUGGAAUUGGAUCAAGAAUUCUGACUUCAGUGGUGUCUGUUUUAUCUCCACGUGUUCAUAAUAUUAACUUGCUGAUGAUUUCUAGAUGCAUUCCAGGUCAAUCUCUUACUAGUUUUAACUAACAUCUCUCACUGGCAACCCUGCUGACAGCCAACUACCUUAUUUUCUUACAUAAGAAAACAAAUACUUACUUAUGUCAACGCUUAGAAUGCUCCUACUACUUUGGUACCAGCAUAUUUAAAUUUUAGGAAGAAAUAAAAGCCUGUGUGAGGAGAAACUGCAUCUUCAAAAUUCAAGUUUAGUAGGAAACUGGUUGUGUGGAUAAGGACUUAGUUGACAACCAUAUAAGAUAGUACUUGAAAAGUACUAAAGAAUUCUAGGAAGUUUUAGUCCCCUCUUAAAGUAAAACAACGAAGUUGCAACUUGGUGAUGAAAAGUUGUUUUAACCUUUGCUCAGGCAAUACUGAAACAAUUUGUAGAGUGGUUGAGGUUGGGACCUGGACCUGGAGAUCCCAUGUCCAACACCUUUCUCAAAGCAGUGUCAACUAGAACAGGUUAUUCAUGGCCUUGUCAGUCGGAUUUUUAUUAGCUUUUAAGGAUAGAGACUGGGCUGCCUGUUCCAGUAACUAUCAAUCAGUAACUGAUCACCUUAAUUACUUUAUGUAAAAUCAUCAUUAUUACUAAGUUUCUAUAUAAACUACUUGAAGUAGAAGUAAAUAAAAUCAAGAAAAAGCAUUUUGAAUGAGAAUGAUAAUGCGAGGUCUGUAUAUCUCUAUCUCUGAGCAAAGAAACUUAAAUGUGGCCAAAUUUUAAAAUUCUGAACAUCUGCAUACCUUUUGUUGCUGUCUGGUAGGAAUUAGCUUCAGAAGCUUACUGUUCUGAAUUCUCCUCUGAAUUUAAAUGGAUUAAAACAAACCCCAGCAAACUGGUGCUUUUAUUUCAUAGCAGCUAUAAAAGAGAUCAAGGAGCCAGAAGACAUUGCAGGAAUAUAAAGGUAUUUCAUGAGAAUACUCAAAAACCUUGUCUGAGCUAAGCAUGCUGUUGAAAACUUCAUCUUGGUUAUCUUUGUAGGCUAACAUAAUCUUCACUACUAAUUCUUGCCUAUUAUCAGCCAUGUUGUAAAUGUGAAUGAAACUAAUUUUUGCAGUGAAUCAGUGUUAGAUGAUUUGUUGGUUUUCAAAGUUCUAGCUACUGAAGAGCAGAUUUCAAGCACUGAAAGUAAUAAGGUAAACUUUUUCUGUGCUUCUAGAGUUGUACACAACUGUAGAAGGAUUUAGAUACUGGAAAGAUACAGGAGUUCAGUGGGAUUUUUCCCAGCUAAGUGCGAGAUACUAUUUUAGAAAAAGCGUUAUCUAUCCUCAAAAAAGAGUAAUUGCUGAUAAGAUGCCAUUAGUCUGGGCGAUGUAAACUUCUACCCUUAGUGAAUACAUAGUCAUAAAGCUUAUAAUGGCAGAGAUUACAAUGAAGGUAUUUUAAAAUGAUUUUUUUCCCCUAUAGAUUAUUUGCCUUUAAUUUAAAGCCAGAUGAGGCCAAAGAAGUAGUUUUUUUUAAAAAAAGUCUCUAAGACAAAAAGCUGUGGUGCAAAGUAUGCACUGAUGGUCUAAAGCAUAGAGAAAUGGGGAAGGGAUGCCUGCACAUCAGCUAAAUAAUGAAUAGUACAGUUGUUGCUCAUUUUAUAGGUGUUAUCUUGCUAGUUUUGGGCUGUCCCAGUCCUGUUCCCAUUCUUCCCUCCUCCCCAUCUUCCCCUCCAUAUGUAUAUGUGGGCAUCAUAUUCUGAUUCUGCCUAAACUGGUGGUACAGGUGCAUGGUGUGGUGACAGCAUUGCAUUGCAUGAUAAUAGGGUUUUAUACCUUUGGAUGUUUAAUGGCUUGGAGGCGCUGUACUUUUAAGUAUAAAGCACAAAUAAGAGUCUGCAGUGACAUGGCUUGAAUUACUGCUUUUCAUUUUUAAGUACCAUCCAUUAUAGUAAAAAGAGUAACAAAUGCAAUGCUGCAGUUUGUGGUACUGAUGUAAAAUACAGCUAGUUUCCUUAGUAACACUCUGAAGUUGCUUUUGCUACCAUUGUCUGUCCAAAAAGUGCGAUAUAAAGGAGGACAAUCUCCAUUGUCAAACACUAGUAAUAGUGAUCAUGUACAGAAGCAGCUUUGAGGCCUUCAGGAAAGCUGUAACAUAGGAUAACCUGAUGAGUACAAGUAUAUAAUCCUAGUCCCAAAGGGAUGGACCAGAAUGGCAAAAUAUUCUUAACAAGAAUGGAUACAAGCCUACAUCAUGUAGGUGUCAGUAGUCAAAAAUACAUAUGAGCAAAUGGAUUACUGUCAGUCUUGCAGUAAACACUCAUGCCAUGAG